AUGCGUGACACAAGAGAGAAACUACUGAAGAAGUACCGUAAUCCUAUGUUGCUUCUUCAUCCGUUGGGAGGAUGGACGAAAAACGAUGAUGUUCCGUUAUCAGUUCGAAUGCGUCAGCAUGAGGCAGUGAUUGCUGAAGGUGUCCUGGAUCCCUCAUGGACCGUACUGUCCAUCUUCCCAUCACCGAUGCUGUAUGCAGGACCUACAGAAGUACAAUGGCACGCAAGAGCUCGAAUUGCCGCCGGUGUGCACACGUACAUUGUCGGACGAGAUCCAGCAGGUAUUCAACAUCCGGACACUGGUGAUUACCUCUACGAGCCAACCCAUGGCGCCAAGGUACUUUCAAUGGCGCCUGGCUUAAGUCAGUUACAUAUUCUACCGUUCCGAGUUGCAGCGUAUGACAAAAAGGCCGGGAAAAUGGCGUUUUUCGAUCCGUCCUAG